UCUCCACUCAGGAAGAUAUGGAAAAAUGCACUAAGUGUCCAGAUGAAAAAUAUCCAAAUGAGGACAGAAUCCAAUGUAUCCCCAAAGUUAUAAUCUUCCUGUCUUAUGAAGAACAUCUGGGCAUCAUCCUGGUCUCCUUUGCCCUAUUUGUUUUCCUAAUCACAGGCUUUGUGUUAAUCCUGUUCAUUAGCUACCUAGAAACUCCCAUUGUCAAAGCCAACAACCGGGACCUCUCUUAUAUCCUCCUAGUCUCCCUCCUGCUUUGCUUCUUGUCUCCUCUUCUCUUCAUUGGUCAACCAAGGAAAAUCACCUGCCUUCUCCGACAAACAGUGUUCAGCAUCGUCUUCUCAGUUGCCAUUUCUUCUCUCUUGGCCAAAACCAUCACAGUGGUGCUGGCUUUCUUGGCCACAAAACCAGGAAACAGAGUGAAGAGAUGGUUGGGGAAGAGCUUAGCCAAUUAUAUUAUCCUUUCUUGUUCUGCUGUCCAAAUUGUCAUCUGCUCCAUCUGGCUUUUAAUUUCUCCCCCAUUCCCUGACUCUGACUUCCACUCCCAUCCUGGAUUGAUCAUCCUGCAAUGCAAUGAAAGCUCUGUUAUCAUGUUCUACAUCACACUCAGCUACAUGGGCCUCUUGGCUGCCAUCUGCUUCAUGGUGGCUUUCUUUGCCAGGAAUCUCCCUGGGACCUUCAAUGAAGCCAAGCUGAUCACCUUCAGCAUGCUGGUCUUCUGCAGUGUCUGGGUGUCUUUUGUGCCCACCUACCUGAGCACCAAGGGAAAGUAUAUGGUGGCUGUGCAGGUCUUCUCCAUCUUGGCCUCUAGUGCUGGUCUGUUGGGUUGCAUCUUCAUUCCCAAAUGCUACAUUAUCCUUCUGAGGCCAGAGUUGAAUACAAAAGAGCAUCUUACAACCAGAAGAAAUGUAUAA